ACAACAUAAAAAUACGUCAAAACAGCCGCAGCUUGCUACUACGAACACGAACAGCAUUAAUUCGAUCAUCUCUUCUGAAUCUUUUUAAAAUUAGGAUAUUAUCGACGGUCUUCAUGCGGAGUCCUCUACUUUGUUCCAGGCUCUGUUUCCUAUCAACUGCUUUGACAACAACACUUUUGAAGAUUGUACCCUCCGCUUCUUCAACUUGCACAGCUUCGACUGCAAGUAGUGUCAUGGAGUUCAAACAUGAGCCUGGAACAUUCAGCGUGGCCUAUGUCACAGCACCCAACGACACUACAGCCAAGAAAAUUGCAAGAGGACUUGUUGAGAACAAACUGGCUGCUUGUGUUAACGUCAUCCCUCAAAUAACUUCUAUUUACUCAUGGGAAAAUAAAAUUGAAGAGGACUCGGAAGUUCUAAUGAUGAUCAAAACAAGGACCAGCGUUGUAGACGAACUGACUAAGUUUGUAAGGGAAAACCAUCCAUACAAGGUGUGCGAAGUCAUCACUUUACCAAUCCAAGGAGGAAACUUGCCUUACUUGAAAUGGAUAGAUGAUGAAGUCAAGGGAAAAAUCGAAAAGUGUUAAUUUGCUCAUAACAUAAUAAUAAAAAAGUAACUUAAAUAAUUA